AUUGUAAAUUCUAUGUGGGCAGAUAACGUAACUACCUUGCUCACCUCUGCAUCCCCUGGUACGGAGAGUAUUUCAAAAGCAUAUGUUAAUGAUGAGUUACCUAAUUCUGGGAUUUUUAGUUCCACUUAUUCCUCAUCGAUUCCCUCCUGCCAUAGCAGUGGUCAGACUAUUUGGUACACCCAGCAACAACUCGGUUGCGAUUGUCCCCGGUGGGACUAAUCAAGCUGAAUGUCAAAUCCUGACCAUUUUCAGCACCAACGAAGGCAGCUGCGUUGGGGGCGGACCUGAGGUGGCACUGUUGCGCUUCAUCAGGAUUUAGCAGUUUCACGCGGAAGGAGGUUUGCUUUUAUACCUAUCAAUCAAUCACUCGGGAAGGAAAUGAGUAUGGAGGUCAGCAACAAGGCCAGCUUUCACAGUUACAGCAGAGGUUUCCCGCAGGCUAGUGUGAGGCGAGCCUCAGAAACCUCAGUGCCCACAGACUUCCCUUGUGGGAAGCCCGCCCAAACUCCAUCCUUCGCCGGCAGCCACGCCCCACAGGGAAGGAGGGACUGAAAAGCAUUUCCUUGAGGCUGGCACACCUUGCCCUACCCAAACCGGUCAUUUUUUUUUUUCUUUCUUUCUUUCUUCCUGGCUGGGCCAGUUCAUCUGAAACCAGAGUGACCGGAGGAGGGACACGGAUCCUUGUGGUGACAUUGGACUCAAUGGGGAAUCCAGGAUAGCCUUCCUAUUUUAAGAACUACUCAGUCCUUGUGAACUAUUCUCAGCCAUGUUCUGUGCAUACUCUGUGGAUCAAGCGUAGGAGUGGACAGCUGUGUGGCAAUGGGAGAGGAGAAGGCCAUGACACAAAUGCUAAAGGAAUGCAGUCUCAGUGACAAAUUGUGUAUUGUCUGGCACCAGCAGUAUGAAAUCAUCAUCAUCCCAGCCUUUCUGGUUGGUGCCACCCUCAUCAUUCUUGGGGUCAUCCUGUGGCUUUUUAUCAGAGAAAAAAGAGCUCAACAACAGUCUCCUGGACUCCAAGGCAUUGCUCCGGUGCCUCCAUUUAGGGGCCAAAACGGGGAAGCAGGAGGACAUGAAGGAAGUGUAGUUGUGCCACUUGAGGAGACAUCAGUGGAAAGCCUUCUACAAACAUCCACACAUGCCCUGGCUAAGCUGCAGAUACCCCGGGAGCAACUCUCUGAAGUUCUGGAGUGGAUCUACAAUGGUAGUUGUGGGGCCAUCUAUCGAACCAAGUUGUACCCUGGGGACCCAGCUAAGUCCAAGGACAUUGUCCUCAAGGUUUUAAAAGAACCAGCCAGGCUCCAUGAGAUACAGGAUUUCUUAGGGCAAAUCCAAUUCUAUCAGUACCUGGGGAAGCACCAAAACCUGGUACAGCUGGAAGGCUGCUGCACAGAAAGAGAGCCGCUCUAUAUGGUGUUGGAGGAUGUCGCCCAGGGGGACCUGCUCAGCUUUCUCUGGACCUGUCGCCGGGAUGUGAUGACCAUGGAUGGCCUUCUCUAUGAUCUCACUGAAAAACAAGUAUAUCACAUUGGGAAGCAGGUUCUAUUGGCUUUGGAAUUUCUUCAGGAUAAACAUCUGUUCCAUGGGGAUGUGGCAGCCAGAAAUAUUCUGAUCCAAUGUGACCUUACCGCUAAGCUCUGUGGACUGGGCCUGGCUUAUGAAGUCCACACCCAAGGGGCUAUCACCUCUACUCGCACUGUGCCCCUCAAGUGGCUUGCCCCAGAAAGGCUACUGCUGAGACCAGCCGGCAUCAGAGGAGACAUCUGGUCCUUUGGUAUCCUGCUUUAUGAGAUGGUGACUCUAGGGGCACCACCAUAUCCUGAAGUCCCUCCUGUCAGCAUUCUACAGCAUCUGCAGAGAGGGAAGAUCAUGAAGAGACCCAGUAGCUGCACACAAACCAUGUAUAGUCUUAUGAAAUCCUGUUGGCACUGGAAAGAGGACAAACGCCCUUCAGUUAGAGAAUUAUGCUCACGCCUAGAAGCUGCCUCUCGAACUGCAGAUGACAAAGCUGUGUUGCAGGUACCAGAGUUGGUGGUGCCUGAACGGUAUGCAGCUGUGGCAGGCAUCAGCGUAAAGAGCCUCUCCUACAGCUACAGCGUCCUUUGAAGAUCCUGGGGCAAGAAACAUUUAUGUGCGAUCAUAUACCCUUGGAAAUCCUCUAAGGAGAGAGGACGGACUUUCUAGUGGGACAUAAAGGAAGAAGUGGGACAUGGAGCUGGAUCUCCCCCUAUAUAUUUUCCUAGAUAUGUGAAAUGAUGCUGGGUGAGACUCUCCACACCAGAGUAGAGGAAAAACAGUUUCAUUUAUGUUGUCCCAAAUCCUAAAGAGUCAGGGUAGAAGUGGUAGAUAAUGUCACUGCAAAGGAGGUUUUAUAAAUCUGAAAAAAAAUUUUUUCGCAGGGGGGUAUGGCACAAAUAAGCUGGUACAUCCUACCACUGGCUAGUUUCCUCCUGAAACAUGCUUUUAUCUAGACUAUUAUAAGGUCCAGAGAAAUUAGAAUCACAUGAGGAAAUAGAAAGCCCCAAAAGGAAUUGAUGAGAAAGAAAAUUAAAGGUCCUAUUUGCUCAGGGAUAUAGACGUGAACCAAGGUCAUCCUUCAAAGAGAAGGUGGAGGGAAGACAUAAAGUUCCACAGUAAUGAUCCCUUCAUGCAGGGCUAGAGGAGAACCACGAAGGAAGAUUUCCGAGUUUCCCCUGGGUACAGGUAAGAGAAAGAUGGCCCCUUUUAUCUAAUGCUGAGGUAAGUGAACUCUGUUUAUGCUAUUUUUAACCAGAAGAUGGAGAGGUCAUUUUAUGAUUAAGAGCAUUCAAUAUAUAUUGUUGAUCAGGCUUGCUUCCUGGUCCCUAUAAGAUUAAGGAGACUGAGCCUAGAGUCAGUUAGGAACAUGAAUGAUAUACUGUGUGUGUUUAAUAAAUAUGAAAGGUGGAAACCAAGUAAGAAUACUUAGUAGGCCAGGUCUUUAUCAAGGCCUCGCAAAGUAUAUUCAAGAUAGAAGGAUAAUAGUUUCUGAUUUCAAUUAUCCAUUGAUUCUGUGAAACUUAUUCCAUUAAAUUAAUAUUUAUUGAGUGAAAGUAGGCUCUUCAGAUAUACAACUGCCAGAAUCUCUAUAGUAGGAAGGAUAAAAGUGAAUGAAAGAUAGAAAAAUUAAAUAAUCUACAUUGUCUGAAAAAGGAUGAAAUGGGUAUAAUACUUACCUCACAGGGUUGUUGUGAGGACUGAAGGAGAAUAAGUAUUUAUAUGAUAUCUGGCACAUAAUGUAUGCUCAAUAAAUGUUAGUUUCCUUUC